UGAACUAUGACAAAUUUCUCUCCAGUCAAUCUCCCUCUCCUUCCCUUCUCCUUCCUUUCCUUUCCUCUCUCUCUACUCCUUCCCACCCUCUCUAUAAAUCCACGCGAUUCAACUAAUCCCAACCUUGAAACUCACAACCAGUAACCUCUUCAAUGGAAAUGGAAAUUGUGAUGCCAGUGCCACCUGUGGACUUCAACUUUGAUAGCACUUGUUCUUCUCCUUACAUGACUGCCCCUUCAAGUCCUCAAAGAUUUGGCAACUUACUCUUUAGUGCCCCAACAAGCCCCACUCGUAUGUCCUCUUUCUAUAGGGAGCUUAAUGAUAUAACUCUUUCUACAAAUUCAUCAUCUACAAUCCCUUUUGACUGGGAAAAGAAGCCUGGAACUCCCAAAUCCAAGAACCAAAGUGAAGACAACAACAAAAAUGAUGGUGAUCUUGAUGAUUAUAAUGAGGAUUUUGAGUUCGACUUUAGUGGUCAAUUAGAAAGAACUUCUUUAUCAGCUGAAGAACUAUUUGACGGUGGAAAGAUCAAGCCUUUGAAGCCACCACCUGGCUAUGAUUCUUCAGUUUCUUCUCCAAGGUCUCCAAGAUCACCUAGAUCAAGAGCCACAAAAAAGAAGGAAUUUGACCCCUUUCAAGCUGCCAUUGAAGAGACAUGUAGAGGAGAAGUUAAACUACAAAUUAAUCAACAAGGCCAAGCUCCCCAUCAACGUGGAAGAGGCAGAAGCUGUGGUAGUGGUUCCUCAUUUUCAGGUUCUAUACGUAAAGGAAGCAGAUCUUUAUCUCCUUUAAGAGUCUCAGACAUCACGUUUCAUCAAGAAGAGAAUUCCCAGAAUUCAAAUAAUAUUUCUUCUACAGCAAGCACCCCUAAAUCAUCUUACACGUCUUCUAUCUUAUCCGCAAUAUCAUUCACAUCGAAAAGGUACAAGAAAUGGAAGCUGAAGGACUUAUUGCUAUUCAGAAGUGCAUCAGAAGGAAGCAGGACGACAAGCUGCAAUGACCCGUUAACAAAAUAUUCAGUCUUGUCCAAAAAAGAAGUGGCAGAGGAUGUCAAGAAUUCUAGCUUUCGGUCUACAGAUAGUAUAGGAAGUUCCAGGAGGAGAUCAGGGCCUAUAUCAGCUCAUGAGGUGCAUUACACAGUGAACAGGGCGGUUUCAGAGGAAAUGAAAAGGAAAACGUUCUUACCUUACAAGCAAGGUUUAUUGGGGUGCUUGGGAUUCAAUCGGGCUGCAAGUGUGCAUGAGAUCUCUAGAGGUGUUAGGUCCUUGACACGUGGAUGAUUCAGAUCAACUCAAUCUGGGUUUUCUUCUUCUUCUUCUUUUGUGAUUUGAAUUUUAAUGGUUAGCUUGAUAUAUUUGUUAUACAUGAUUAUAAUGGUGCUUUGUAUGGAAAUACGACAUAAUUAAUGAAGACAUCUACAAGAUUACAAAUGUGAACAGAA